UGAUACCGAUACUUGGACACUUGGAUUGAUGAUGAUAAGGAAAGGAUAAAUACUCCUAUACAAGAUUGUCGAAAAUUCGAUUAAGUAAGAGAUCAGAAAUGGAACUCCAACGAGUCCUGCAUAUGAGUGGAGGCGAAGGCGACACAAGCUACGCCAAAAAUUCAUCCUACCAGGUCUGUCUGUCCCUCUUUGACAAACACACACACAAACGCGCAGUCACAGGAGUGAAGUUGGUACUGACCAAGGUGAAGCCAGUACUUGAACAAUGCAUACAAGAAUUGUUGCGGACCAACUUACCCUACAACAAGAAGUGCAUUAGAGUUGCUGAUUUGGGAUGCUCUUCAGGACCAAACACACUAUUAACAGUUUCGGACAUCAUACAAAGUAUUGACAAAGUUAGCCAGGAAAUGGACAAUGAAUUUGCACUGCCCACGAUUCAGGGACGUCUGGAGGAAGAAAAACUGGACAGUUUCAAUGUUCCAAUCUAUACGCCUUCAGUAGAAGAAGUCAGGCACAUAAUUGAGGAGGAAGGUUCUUUUGAAAUUGUAUGCCUGGAGACGUUUAAGCUCCGUCAUGAUGCUGGCUUCUCCAUUGAUGAUAACCAGUUAGGAUCCCAUUCCCAGGUACACUUCUGCGAUGAACAUGUUAGAGCAGCCCAUGUGGCAUCAAUGGUUAGAGCAGUUUCCGAACCUAUCCUAGCAAGCCAUUUUGGAGAAGCUAUUAUACCCGACUUAUUCCACAGGUUUGCCAAGAAUGCAGCAAAGCUUCUCCCAUAGGCAAAGGCUUCUUUAAUAAUCUCAUCAUUUCUCUCGCCAAGAAACCACACAAGUCAGACAUGUAAAUGUUUGUUUUUAGAUAUGUAGUACCAAGAUGAUUUCAAAUGUGGCUGUCAUUACAGUUUAGCUCGUAAAGUUUUUUUGAAGCAAAAGUUCGCAGAUUUAAUCUUUUCAAGUGGAUACGUAUCACAGGAUCAUCCUGACAGCGAAGCACGAGCUAAUUGAUAAAAUGUUUCAUCUACAA